AUGUCACCAAGGGUGCUACCAGUUGCGUGUUGUAUCGGACGUAAUCGGAAGCGCGAACAACGAGAGGAGGAGAAAAGCCGGCGGCCAGUAGCAGCAUCAGCAACGAGGGAAAUGCCAGCGAACGAGAACGCCAUCAUACCAUCGUCAUUCCUGGGCCGUCUCAGCGCCCGAACAAGUCUCCUGUCCACCCGAGACUACAAGACCACAGUGCAGUUGCUAGAUGACAAUGAAACAAUCUGUCAGGAAUUCAAGGUACCCAAUAAGACAUCGAACGCUCAAGUUAUACUUGACUAUGUAUGCGAAUGCUUGAACAUCGUCGAAAAGGAUUAUUUUGGUUUGCGGUACCAGGAUUUCAGUAAACAUCGGUACUGGAUGGAUUUGAACAAGCCGAUCUGCAAGCAAGUCCGAGGUAAUUUGUUAUAA